CUAUUUCCAGUCUUGCUCCGAUUGCAGCUGCACUGGCUUCACACAAGCCUCAGCUCAGCGCGGGCUCUGGGCCGGGGGAUACCCCGCCAGAGAGCAAGAGCGAGCGAGUUUGCUCUGUCCUUUGAGGUCCUUGUCUGUCCCUAGCAGUGGAGACCAUGGAGGAGAAAGAGAUGGUGCCCACACUCCUGACCUCCAGAGACAGCCCGGAAUCACUGACAUUGCGGGAUGUGGCCGUGGACUUCAGCCCAGAGGAGUGGAGGCGCCUGCGCCCUUCCCAGAAGGAGCUGUACAGGGACGUGAUGCUGGAGAACUACCGGAACCUGGUCUGCCUGGGACUUGCAGUUUCCAAAGAAGAUGUGAUCUCCCGGUUGGAACGAGGAGAAGCCCCGUGGGUGCCUGGGGAAGAUGCCCUGAGCAGCACCUGUCCAGAUAAGAAGACUAUGCUUCAUACCAAGCAGUCCUCUCCCAAACUGGGCAUUUCAAUGGAAGAAUCAACCCAAGAAAGAUUUACAAGUCAUGGUCCCUCUGUCUUGAAAAUGGGAGAAGCCUGGAAAUGUGAAACCAAGUUAAAGAGAAAACAAAACAAUGAAGAAAAACCUUAUGAAUGUAAUGAAUGUGAGAAGGCCUUUCGCCGGAGUACAGAACUUAAUCGACAUCAGAGAAUACAUACAGGAGAGAAACCUUAUGAAUGUAAUGAGUGUGGGAAAUCCUUUCAUCGGAAGACAGGACUUAUGGAACAUCAGAAUAUUCACACUGGGGAGAAACCCUAUAAAUGUAAGGAAUGUGGGAAGGCCUUUCGCUGGAGGCCAGGUCUAACACGCCAUCAGACAAUUCAUUCUGGAGAGAAACCUUAUGAAUGUGAUGAAUGUGGGAAGGCUUUCCAUAGGAAGUCAGCACUUACUGAACAUCAGAGAACUCAUACUGGAGAGAAACCUUAUGUAUGUAAUGAAUGUGGGAAGGCCUUUCGCUGGUGGACAGGACUUAUCCGACAUCAGACAAUUCAUUAUAGAGAAAAGCCUUUUGAAUGUAUUGAUUGUGGGAAGGCAUUCCGCAGGAGUGCACAACUUAGUCUACAUCAGAGAGUUCACAGUGGGGAGAAACCUUAUAAAUGUAAUGAGUGUGGGAAGGCUUUCCGUUGGGACAAUCAACUUACUCAGCAUCAGACAAUUCACACUGGGGAGAAACCUUAUGAAUGUAGUGAAUGUGGAAAGUCCUUCUGCUGGAGCUCACAGCUUUCGCAACAUCGGACAAAUCAUACGGGAGAAAAAUCAUGAAUGUGAUAAAUAUGGAAAGGCAUUCUGACCGGCACAACCUUAACUCUAAAGCAGAGAGUUAAUCCUGGACAGAUAUCUCAAGAGUAUACAGAAUACAGGAAGACCUUCUGUUAGAGAUAACUUAUUAAUCAUCAGACAUUUUGUAUCGGGAAGAAACUUUUUGAAUGUAAUGAUAUAGAAGUCCUUUUAUCUCAGGAUAAAAUUUGCUGUAUGUGAGAAAAUUGAUAUUGAAUUGAAUGAAUGUAGGAAUGCCUUCUUAAUGAACGAAUAACCCACUUGACACUAGAAGAUUCAUACUGGAGAAGAACCAUAUGAAUCUAAAGUUUUAUAAAGGUAAUAUGUGUCAGAAAGAUUUCAAGCAGAGUACACACUUUCCUUAAAAGUUUAGAAUUUAGGGGCAGCUAGGUGGCACAGUGGAUAGAGCACUGGCCUUGGAGUCAGGAGGACCUGAGUUCAAAUCGGACCUCAGACACUUACUAGGUGUGUGACCUUAGGCAAGUCACUUAACCCCAAUUGCCUCACACACACACACAAAGUUUAGAAUUUAUACUAAAAGAAGGCAUGUAAAUGAAGCCAAGCUCUAAUUUCUUCUGUUCCAAAUCUUUUUACUCUCUUCACUUGUACCCAAGCAACUCCUUUCCCCAUUUCUUUGUUUACAACAUUUGCUGAGAAAAUUGUGGCACUCAUAAAUAUUGCUUCCUUGCCUCCAUUUUUUCAGACUUCAUAGAAUUAUCAUCCAUUCUUCCCUUCUUCCUUUUACUUAGAGAAGAACAAAUAUGGAUUGGGUUCCCCUUUUCCCCAGAGAGAGGAAACACUUUUUAUUCACUGUUUUAAGGGAAUAGACCAACCCAGAACCCCUCCUUUCCCUAUGACAUCUUCCUAGGUUUGUUAAUAACUCACAUAAAUAGUAGCCUUAAUAGUUAUAUGGACAUCCAGGGUUUUGAACAAGUGCUUUAAUUCACUUUUGGAAAACAAACACCCAACUAGGUACAGAAAUCCAGCCAUUAGCCUAGAGUCUCAUUUAUGCUAGGAAUGACUUGCUAAUUUAGAGUUGGGGGUCAGUCUGAUAUCUUCAGUCUUAGCUCAGUCCAGAGGUCACUCAGCUUCUUAAAACAAAACAGAGAACACUGGUCUCAGGGUGAAAAGAGUCACAGGACUUUCUAGCAGAACCUCUUUGGCUGACCAUUGUAGUCACAGGGAGCCUGGGUUUUAUCCUCAUCUUUAGACUUCAGCCUUGGAUUACUCUUAUUGACCUCUUCCUCCGUUCCUACUCAUGUGUUGCCGAAUGGAAAGAGAAGUCACAACUGUGUAGAGUAGAUUGUAAAUUCAUGUUAUCUAACCUCAGUCGGGCCCUCACUGAAGCAAGGACCCCCCCUUUUAUUCUCCCUCCCCACAGAAGCGAUCCCAAACUUUUUUCUCUCAAGCCUUCCAUUCAUCUCAGCCCUGACUCUCAGCUGAGAACCUCACUUCUUUCGUUACUCAGAAAGUUGAAACUAUCCAAUGUAUUCUCUUCUUUUUAUCUCAAAAAUCUUGACACUACCUUCCUCCUCUUCCUCAGUCUCUUCUCCUUGCCAGAAUGCCUUUAUAUGUGCACUUGAUUCAAUCUCUUGUCUUCUCCAGCAGAUUCAAAUUUCAAUCAUUCACCCCACCCACCCAAUCUUCAAUCUCUUUAUCUAAUUCUCUCCCUGCUGUCUUCAAAGAUGUUCAAGUCUUUAAAAACCUUCCUCAUUCAAAUGCUAGAAAAAAUUAUCUACAUUUACCUCUUCUGGUUUCUUUCCUCUCAUUCACUCCUGAACGCUUUGCAGUAUGACUUCUGACCAUCUCACUCAACUGAAAUGACUGUUUUCAUAGUGAUACCUUAACUGCCAGGUCUGAUGCUCCUUUUUCAGAUUUCAUGCUUCUCAACUCAUCUGCUGAAUCUGACACCAUUAACCACCCUCUCCUGAAUACACUCUCCUCUCUGGGUUUUCAAACACUACCCUUUCUUAGUCUUCCUGGCUGACUACCUUUCAGUAUCCUUUGCUGGUUCGUCAUCCCUGAUAUGCCUUGUAACUGUCUUCUCUAAGCCUUAAGUCUUCUCUAUUUCCAUUGCCUUGGUGACAUGAUCAGCACCCAUGAGUUUAUCAUCUCUAUUCAGCUAUAUCUCAGACCUAUACACCCUACUCAGAGUUCUAAGUCUGAAUCACCAAUUGGACAUUUCGAGAGACGUCCCAAACCCAACUGUCUAAGACAGACCUUAUUCUGUUUCUCCUCAAGCUCACCCCUCUUCAAGUCUCUUCCCUAUUUCUGUCAAAGGCACCACUCUUCUCAUCACAAACUCCAAGGCCAACUCCCCAAUCAGCUAUACUGCCUAUCAUUAAUAUGUUUCUUAUAAAGAGCACUGAAUUUGUAGAACCUGGGUUCAAAUUCUAGCCAUGCUGCUUCUGACCUAGGAUCAUAGAUUUAAAACUGAAAAGUAUGCCUGGGCAAGCCAGGACCUCUCUGAGCUUCCAUUUCUUCACCUCUAAAAUGAGGGGAUUGGAUUAGAUGAUGCCAUCCCCCUGACUCAUCAAUGGGUUUGAGACCUAUCAAUUAGCUUCAACCUGGUUUAGCCCGUCUGCCAAUAGGGUUUACCAGGGUGUGGCCACUGUACAUGCUGCAGCUUCUUGGAACCACAGGUGAAAGUUGGGUGACAGGUGGACACCAACGGUGGAUGAGUAGCCCUUAAAAGGGCUCAGCAGCCCUCACACCAGAGGUUCUAGUCCUCCCUGAACAACCCAAACAUCAUCUUUUGAACAAGUUCUGAAUCUUGUCUCCAAAAGACUUCUUCUUUCUUAAUUAGGCUUUUCUUGUAUUCCCCCAUUCUUCCAUAUUUCCAGGUGUAUAACCUCAGUGCUACCUUCUGCUCCCCAAUUUCUUUCAUCCCACGGUUGGCUGCCAAAUCAUGCUAUUUCUACCUCUACAACAACACAUCUGACCUUUCCUUUCAGGUGGCUAUGAGCUUAAUUCAGACCUCCCUCCCCCCUCCUUAUUAUCAUAGUGGCCUCCUUGUUGGUCACCCUACCUCAAGUGUCUUCCCCCUCCAGUUUCUAUACCACAUAGUUACCACAGUGGAUCAAGUGGGUAUUUUAAGUACAGAUCUGACCACAGAACUCCCAGGGCACCAUUUGGAUUCCUGGUUGCUCUAGGGUAAAAUGCCAAAUCUUCUUUUUAGCUUUUGAAGCCUUCACACUUGGGCCCCAAAUUACCUUUGCCGACUCAUCAGAUAUUACUCUUCCUCCCAUAUUCUGCCUUCCUCCCACAUCACACCCCAUCUCCCAUCUCUGAGCCUUUGCUCUGGGCACCCCCAUGCCUGGAGUGUCCCCCUUCUUCGAUUCUGCCUCAGAAUCCCUCAAGAUGCAUCUCAAGCUUCACUUGCACCAAACCUUUCCUGAUUCCCCUAACUGCUAAUGCCCUCCUACCUCAAACUACCUUGUAUUUAGCUACUUUGUGUUUAUUUUAUAUUUCUUGUCUUUUCUUUUUCUUCUUUAUAUAAUCAUAUGUGUACUUAUUGUCUCACCUAAUAGUAUGUGAGCUCCUUGAGAGCAGGAAUUGUCUUAUCCUUUGUCUUUGUAUCCUCAGUGUCUAGAACAAUACCUGUCACAUAUUAGAUACUUAACUACUGUUGUUUGUCCCAAUGGCAUCACAAGGUGAUGUCUGGACUUGCAUGUGAAUUGAAUUGAAGUGAGGCAGAGUUGCACAGAGUAGUCAGCCUCACUGUCCCAGAAUCAUCGAAGGCCAGUGACAAAACCAAAGUCAAGAUGACUGGGCUGCAGUGUAAGACCUUGGUGUCUUCAGUGACUGACCAAGCUCUAAGCGCUCCACAGUGCCUCCUUCCGCCUCUUUCAUGGCCAUUGGAACAAAUUGUUCUGCUUAUUCUGCUGGGGGAAAUAUUUGCAUGCUUGGUGUAGACAUCCCCCUAACCUCACUGGUGGGUUUGAGACCUAUCGAUUAGCUUCAACCUGGUUUAGCCCGUCUGCCAAGAUGGUUUUACCAGGAUGUGGCCACUAUGCAUGCUGCAGCUUCUUGGAACCACAGGUGAAAGUUGGGUGACAGGUGGACACCAACGGUGGAUGAGUAGCCCUGAAAAGGGCUCAGCAGCCCUCACACCAGAGGCUCUAGUCCUCCCUGAACAACCCAAGCAUCACUUCUUGGCCUUUAGGCUAAGAUCAAGUGGAGUAUCUGUUCUUAUCAGUUUACUAUCUGAUACAUCCUCUCUCUGAGGACAAUAUAAGAUACUUAAUAAAAGCUUGUUGA